CUAUCCCAAAUAAAUCCUGUGCUCAAUCCUCAAUAUUUCUAUAGCAGACGUUCGUCACCUUUAGUUUCACUUGAAGGCAAAGUGUGAUUUGUAGAGUGCUUAUUUAAAGUUCGACCACAAUAUACCUGGAAACUCGUUGAUCAAAAGAGAAAUAUGACAUGAACAUAUGAUAUCAUGGUGAAUACACCAAUUCCCCACAGCUUGAAAUCUGAGGCAAAGAAAGCUGCAAAAAUACUCAAUGAUUUUUCUGUACCAUCAGCUAAAGCAGGUCCUGAUAAACUAAUACCAAGUGGUGUGUUAUUAAAAGCCAAAGGUCUUGCUAUACUGACUGUGGUAAGAGCUGGUUUCCUGGUAACAGCUAGAGCAGGAAGUGGUAUAGUCAUAGCCAAACUCAAUGAUGACUUGGUAGAUGCAGAAUGGUCAGCACCAUCAGCAUUAGGCAUUGCUGGACUUGGAGGUGGAUUUGAGAUUGGUGCAGAGGUUACAGAUUUUGUUAUAUUGUUGAUGAGUAGGAGUUCUGUGGAUGCUUUUUCAAAGGGAGGUAAUUUGACUCUUGGUGGUAAUUUGUCCAUAGCUGCUGGUCCACUAGGUAGAAACAUAGAAGCUGAUGUAGCUGUCAGAAGUCCUGCAGCUAUAUAUACAUACUCUAAAACAAAAGGAUUAUUUGCUGGUAUUUCUAUAGAAGGUAGUGCUCUCAUAGAAAGGAAAGAUGCAAAUAAAAAAUUUUAUGGACAGGAUAUUAGGGCAUUUCAGAUCCUGUCAGGAGAAGUUGAUCCUCCUACAGAAUGUCUCCCCUUAUAUCAAGUUCUGGAGAAACACAGAGAGAAAGCCAAACAUGAAAUGAUACUAGCUGCUAAGAGAAAGGCAAACAAAGUGACACAGUCUGUAGGAGAGAAAUUUCACGAUAGAAUUAGUAGUUUUAGUUUUAAAUCAAAGGAAGAAAAGUCACAACAUGACAAAAGCCCUCCACAGCAUAGUGUCCAUAGAAGUCAAACUGUUGUUGAGAAAAGUUACAAAAAAGAUGGAAAGAAGGUGACAACCAAAACAGUCACAAAACGUUUUAGUGCAAGCAGUAAAGCUGAACAUGGUACUUCUAAAAUAAGAAUCAAAAUGGAGGGAAUGGCAACCACGGCUACUGCCCUUUAUAGUUUUCAAGGUCAACUGCCUUGUGACUUGUCAUUCAAAGCAGGAGAUGUAGUCCAAGUACUUACACAGACAACAUCUGAUUGUGAUUGGUGGGAAGGUGAAUGUCAUGGCAACAUUGGAAUAUUUCCUUCUAAUUAUGUCAAGGUCAUGUAAAAGUUAUGUUGGUGAUAUUAUAUAUAAAAUUGUAAAAUGAAAGAACAAAGUAAAAAAAAAACUUGGGUAACAGGUUAAGUUUUUACAACAUUUAUAAGAUGUUUUGAGAUGCUUGUAAGACUUUGCCUUUACCACCCAGAAUAUAUUUGAUUAAUCUGUCUCCAAAGAUUUAAUAUUUUGUACUUUUAUAUAUUAGAAAUUGUUUUAUACUAUAUUUUUUUUAUGAUAUCAAAUCCUAAAUAAUUAGUUCUGAGAGAAUGUUUAUGAUCAAUAAGCCAGACAAAUAAAUGACAUGCACAGUCAUAUUUGAUCUUUAGGAAAUUUUUGACAUGUUUCUUUGAAAAUACAUUUUAAAAUAUCUGUAAUACUCAUUAUUGCUUUUUGUCCUCCAAAUUUGGGUAACAUAGACCAUCCCUUAAAAUUUGACAUAAAGAGAAAAUGUCUGACGGUGCAAUGUAAAAGUUAUUGUACCUUCUAUGACAUCAAUAGUUCAAGUGUCACGAAAUCUCGGGACAAAUCCUAAGUAGCGAUAAGAUCUAUAUAAAAGCUUAUUCAUUUUGGUAUUUUUGAAAAAAAUGAAUAGAAGAGAUAACGGGGAAACUGUUGAUUAGUGGGCAGCCCAACAACAUAAUAAAACCAGGAAAGGCUUCUGGAGGUCACCAUACAGUCUUCAGCAAUUGACAAGCAUCUAUACCCUAUGCCUAAAUAACCUUCAGUUUAUAGAACCUCAUUAGUGUGUCAUUUCAUUAUUAGAUCUACAUGAUAUGUAUGUUACUUUAUUCCAAUUGUGUAACUGUCUCGGUGGUAGCAUGUUCGCCUCAAGUGUGGGAGAUCGUGGGUUCGAACUCUGGCUGGAUCAAACCAAAGACUUUAAAAUUGGUGAUUGCUGCUUCUCUGCUAAGCAAGCAGCAUUAAGGAGUAAGAGCAAAGACUGGUCGGCUCAGAGUCAGAAUAAUGUGUCCAGGUAAGGUGACAUGUCUCUUUGCUGACUGUUGCCUUGUGAACUAGCACAUUAAAAAGACGGCUCAGCGUGUUGGUCUAGUACAAAGUAGGGGUAAUAUUUAUAUUACAUUAAUAUGUUCUCGUCCUGAAUAUGCAUUUUAAUUUGCCGCUUCACGUUAAACAGCCAUCAAUCGUCAUCAUCCAAUUGUGUAUAUGAAAGAUUGAAAAAGUCAAACAAUGUUGAUCUAUAUCUGAAAUAAUCCACCUAUGAAAGCCUUCAAUAAAGAUAUUUAUAUUUUGGAGUGAAUACUUUUGUUUUUUUAAAAUAAUUAAACAAUAUAAAUUUAUGAUGAAACAAAGACAAUUACAAUACUCUGGAAUCAAUAUAAUUUAUGCCUUACAAAUGUUUUCCAAAAUGUCAUGGUUAAGUCAGUUCAGACAAAAUAUAGUAAUUGUAGAAUUUAACCAGAUGUUUUCAUGUGUUUAAACAUGUAGUUUGAAAAUUUAAGUACACCUUCAUUUGAAUUUUUACAAACAGUAUAAAGAAGGAACUCUUUAUUGUCUUACAUUCAAAUACAUUACAUAUAAAACAGAAGGAAAUACUUUACUUUUGAAUAAUGAUUAUUUUUUGUUAAUUUAACCAAAGAGUCAACAUAAGAACACAGUAGGAAGUAUCUAUCCAUGACAUUAUACAUGUAUUGUUUAUAUUAAGUUUGCUGUUGCAAAUCGUUCCUCAUGACCAUUCCAUGUUGAUGAUUUUAGUGUAUUUCAUUAUUCAUAAUGCCAUCAUUUUUUUUUACCUCUCUAUAUAAGUUAAUCUACACAAUAAUAUCUAUGGCUACACAAUAUUUAUCCUCUUGUAGUUAUAAAUUAUGAGCUCAGUGCAAUUGAUUAAAUAAAAAUUGUUUGAAUAUA